AUGGUGUCCAACCCCCAACGGGGGGAGAUUCUGCUCAGGGAACUGCAGGGGGAUUCCCGAAGUCUUCCGUUUUCUGAGAAUGUGAGUGCUGUUCAAAAAUUAGACUUUUCAGAUACAAUGGUGCAGCAGAAAUUGGAUGAUAUCAAGGAUCGAAUUAAGAGAGAAAUAAGGAAAGAACUGAAAAUCAAAGAGGGAGCUGAAAAUCUGAGGAAAGUCACAACAGAUAAAAAAAGUUUGGCUUACGUAGACAACAUUUUGAAAAAAUCGAAUAAAAAAUUAGAAGAACUACAUCACAAGCUGCAGGAAUUAAAUGCAUAUAUUGUUGUAUCAGAUCCAGAAGGUAUUAAAGAUUGCCCAACGACUCCAGGUACUCCAAAUAGUGACCCUCGUUGUUCUACUAGCAACAAUAGAUUGAAGGCUCUACAAAAACAGUUGGAUAUAGAACUUAAAGUAAAACAAGAUGCAGAGAAUAUGAUACAGAUGUAUUCAAAUGGAUCUUCAAAGGAUCGGAAACUCCAUGGUAUAGCUCAGCAACUGCUCCAGGACAGCAAGACAAAAAUAGAAGUCAUACGAAUGCAGAUCCUUCAGGCAGUCCAGACUAAUGAAUUGGCUUUUGAUAAUACAAAACCUGUGAUAAGUCCUCUUGAACUUCGGAUAGAAGAAUUAAGGCAUCAUUUUAGGAUACAGUUUGCAGUAGCAGAAGGUGCAAAGAAUGUAAUGAAAUUACUUGGCUCAGGAAAAGUAACAGACAGAAAAGCACUUUCAGAAGCUCAAGCAAGAUUUAAUGAAUCAAGUCAGAAGUUGGACCUUUUAAGUUACUCAUUAGAGCAAAGAUUAAAUGAACUCCCCAAGAAUCAUCCCAAAAGCAGUAUUAUUAUUGAAGAACUUUCACUUGUUGCUGCAUCACCAACACUAAGUCCACGUCAAAGUAAGAUAUCUACACAAAAUCAAUAUAGUACACUAUCCAAACCAGCAGCAUUAACAGGUACUUUGGAAGUGCGUCUUAUCGGCUGCCAAGAUAUCCUAGAGAAUGUCCCUGGACGGUCAAAAGCAACAUCAGUUGCACUGCCUGGUUGGAGUCCAAGUGAAACCAGAUCACGUUUCAUCAUCAAAAUGAGUAAAAGUAAAAGCAGAAGUCGUGGAAAUCUAAAAACCGAUGACUUGUCCAAUGAUGUCUGUGCUGUUUUGAAGCUCGAUAAUACUGUGGUUGGCCAAACUAGCUGGAAACCUAUUUCCAAUCAGUCAUGGGACCAGAAGUUUACACUGGAACUGGACAGGUCACAGGUUACCUUUUUUAAUCCAGUUAUUGAAAGAAGACCAAAGCUUCAAAAACAAAAGAAAAUUUUUUCAAAGCAACAAGGCAAAAGAUUUCUCAGAGCUCCUCCAAUGAAUAUUAUUAUUGCCACUUGGAGAAGGCUAGUAAGAAGAGCUAUUCCUACAGUAAAUCAUUCUGGCACCUUCAGCCCUCAAGCUCCUGUGCCUACUACAGUGCCAGUGGUUGAUGUACACAUCCCUGAACUAGCACUUCCAGCUAGUGAUUCUACAGCAAUCAAACUGGACUUUGAUCUUGAGCCUGAACCUCCUCCAGCCCCACCACGAGCUUCUUCCCUCGCAGAAAUAGAUGAAUCUUCUGAAUUAAGAGUUUUGGAUACACCAGGACAGGAUUCAGAGACUGCUUUUGAUAUUGAGAAUGACAGAAAUAAUAUACUUCCAAAAUCUCAAUCUGAAUACAAGCCUGAUACUCCUCAGUCAGGCCUAGAAUAUAGUGGUAUUCAAGAACUUGAGGAUAGAUCUCAGCAAAGGUUUCAGAUUAAUCUACAAGAUUUCAGGUGUUGUGCUGUCUUGGGAAGAGGACAAUAUGGAAAGGUGCUUUUAGCUGAAUAUAAACACACAAAUGAGAUGUUUGCUAUAAAAGCCUUAAAGAAAGGAGAGAUUGUGGCUCAAGAUGCAGUAGACAUCCUGAUGCGUGAAAAAAGAAUCUUCGAAACUGUGAAUACUGUAAGGCAUCCCUUUUUGAUGAACCUUUUUGCAUGUUUCCAAACCAAAGAGCAUGUUUGCUUUGUAAUGGAAUAUGCUGCUGGUGGGGACCUAACGAUGCACGUUUGUACUGAUGAUGUCUUUUCUCAACCAAGAGCUGUAUUUUAUGCUGCUUGUGUAGUUCUUGGGUUGCAGUAUUUACAUGAACACAAAAUUGUUCAUAGAGAUUUGAAACUGGAAAACUUAUUGCUAGAUACGGAGGGCUUUGUGAAAAUUGCUGAUUUUGGUCUUUGCAAAGAAGGAAUGGGAUAUGGAGAUAGAACAAACACAUUUUGUGGCACUCCUCUAUAUCUUGCCCCAGAACUAUUAACAGAAACUUCUUAUACAAGGGCUGUAGAUUGGUGGGCCCUUGGCGUGCUUAUAUAUGAAAUGCUUGUUGGUGACUCUCCCUUUAUUGGUGAGGUUGAAGAGAAAGUUUAUGACAAUAUUGUAAAUGGUGAAGUAAGGUAUCCAAGGUUCUUAUCUACAGUAGCCAUUUCUAUAAUGAGAAGUCUGUUAAGAAGAAAUCCUGAGCAGCGCCUUGGGGCUACUGAGAAAGAUGCAGAAGAUGUAAAAAAGCACCCAUUUUUCUGCCUAAUUGAUUGGAGCGCUCUGAUGGACAAAAAAGUAAAGCCACCAUUUAUACCUACCAUAAGAGGACGAGAAGAUGUCAGUCAUUUCGACGAUGAAUUUACCUCAGAAGCACCUAUGCUGACUCCACCUCGAGAACGAAGGAUACUUUCGGAAGAGGAGCAGGAAAUGUUCAGAGAUUUUGACUACACUGCUGAUUGGUGUUAAGUUGCUAGACACUGCGAAACCAAGCUGACUGACUCACAAGAAGACCUCUUAAAAAUAGCAACCCUUCAUUUGCUCCCUGUGCCACCAAUAGCUGAUGAGUUUUGAUUUGUUUUGUUUUUUUUAAUUGAAACACGUGAAGAUUUGUUUAAAAGUACCAUUCUAAUACUUCUUCAAAAGUGGCUUCUCAUUGUACUUCAGCGUAAAUAUGAGCACCGGGAACAGUUUCAUGGAGUUUAAGUUGAGUGAACAUCGGCCAUGAAAAUCCAUCACAAAUACUUUUGGAUCAAUAGUCUAUUUUAAAAAAGAAAGAAAAAAACCACUUUUUUACAGUCCCUAGCUUUGCCAUAUGCCUGCCUUAAGUGGAAGGAAAAUUAAUCACUUAACGAUGUUUUACAAAAAGCAUUCCAAGGCCUUUUUUUCU